AUGCAACUCUCUUCACUCUUUAUUGCGCUUAUACCUCUCGCCAUCCUUGCUGUGGCGUCACCCACACCAGCGAGACUUUAUUCCAAGCGAGAGCCCUCCGCGACCAAUCUCGUUCAACAUGUUGACUACACCGGAGACGUUCCAGGUAGCGGUCCUGAAGCAAAGAAGCACGAGGAGCUUGAGACCAACCUCGUGGGAUAUAGUAACUACGGAGGCAGCGGAACCGGGAAGCGUGAGGAGCUUGAGACCAACCUCGUGGGAUAUAUUGGCUACGAAGGCAGCGGAGGCAGCGGAAUCGAGAAGCGCGAGGAGCUUGAGACCAACCUCGUGGGGUAUAGUAACUACGGAGGCAGCGGAACCGGGAAGCGUGAGGAGCUUGAGACCAACCUCGUGGGAUAUAUUGGCUACGAAGGCAGCGGAGGCAGCGGAACCGGGAAGCGCGAGGAGCUUGAGACCAAUCUCGUGGGGUAUAGUAACUACGGAGGCAGCGGAACCGGGAAACGCGAGGAGCUUGAGACCAACCUCGUGGGGUAUAGUAGCUACGGAGGCAGCGGAACCGGGAAACGCGAGGAGCUUGAGACCAACCUCGUGGGAUAUAGUAGCUACGGAGGCAGCGGAACCGGGAAACGCGAGGAGCUUGAGACCAACCUCGUGGGAUAUAGUAGCUACGGAGGCAGCGGAACCGGGAAGCGCGAGCCCGAGUCAGAAUACGCCAAGAGGGGGGAGGGGGACGACGGUGAUUACGCCGUCGCUGCAUAG